UGUCUCUCUCUCUCUCGCCCCCUGCAGGGUGAAGCUGGUCCCACAGGUGCUCGUGGUCCUGAGGGAGCUCAGGGCCCAAGAGGCGAGUCCGGUACCCCCGGCUCUCCGGGCCCCGCCGGCGCUUCUGGUAACCCUGGUACUGAUGGGAUCCCCGGAGCUAAAGGUUCAGCUGGUGCUCCUGGUAUUGCUGGUGCUCCUGGCUUCCCUGGACCACGUGGACCCCCUGGACCUCAGGGUGCAACUGGGCCUCUUGGGCCAAAAGGUCAACAGGGUGACCCCGGUAUUCCAGGAUUCAAGGGUGAACACGGUCCCAAAGGCGAGCUCGGCCCUGCUGGUCCUCAAGGUGCCCCCGGCCCGGCUGGAGAGGAAGGAAAGAGAGGCGCCCGAGGAGAGCCUGGCGCUGCCGGAACACAGGCCUCAGAACACAGCCCACUCGGACCCCCCGGAGAGAGAGGUGCUCCCGGUAACCGUGGUUUCCCAGGUCAAGAUGGUCUUGCAGGUCCCAAGGGUGCCCCUGGCGAGCGUGGUCAGCCCGGUGUUGGCGGUCCCAAAGGUGCCAACGGUGAUCCCGGCCGCCCCGGAGAGCCUGGCCUGCCCGGUGCCAGAGGUCUUACUGGACGCCCUGGUGAUGCUGGUCCUCAAGGCAAAGGUGGUCCAUCUGGUGCCGCUGGUGAGGAUGGUAGACCAGGACCCCCUGGCCCCCAGGGUGCCCGCGGUCAGCCUGGUGUUAUGGGAUUCCCCGGACCUAAAGGAGCCAACGGUGAGCCCGGAAAGGCUGGCGAGAAGGGAUUGGUUGGCCCUCCAGGUCUAAGAGGUCUGUCCGGUAAAGACGGAGAGACAGGCGCUGCAGGACCCCCAGGCCCGUCUGGCCCAGCUGGCGAGAGAGGAGAGCAAGGUCCCCCAGGACCUUCUGGAUUCCAGGGUCUGCCCGGACCUCCCGGCCCCCCAGGUGAAGGUGGCAAGCCAGGUGACCAGGGUGUUCCCGGAGAAGCUGGUGCAGCAGGCAGAGCUGGUCCCAGAGGCGAGCGUGGUUUCCCUGGCGAGCGUGGAUCUCCAGGUGCUCAGGGUCUUCAGGGACCCCGAGGUCUGCCAGGAACUCCCGGAACUGACGGCCCCAAGGGUGCGACUGGCCCAUCUGGUGCAGUAGGAGCCCAGGGACCCCCCGGCCUGCAGGGAAUGCCCGGUGAGAGAGGCGCUUCGGGGAUCUCCGGAGCCAAGGGUGACAGAGGUGACGUUGGUGAGAAGGGACCCGAGGGAGCUUCCGGUAAAGACGGUUCACGAGGUCUGACCGGUCCUAUUGGUCCACCCGGCCCAGCUGGUCCUAAUGGAGAGAAGGGUGAAUCUGGUCCCUCUGGCCCUCCUGGAGCAGCUGGAACCCGCGGUGCCCCUGGUGAUCGUGGUGAGAAUGGUCCCCCUGGGCCUGCUGGAUUCGCUGGUCCCCCUGGUGCUGAUGGCCAGCCUGGUGCUAAAGGAGAGCAAGGAGAAGGUGGACAGAAGGGAGAUGCAGGUGCCCCAGGCCCACAGGGUCCUUCUGGAGCUCCUGGCCCACAGGGCCCAACUGGCGUGUCCGGACCUAAAGGUGCCCGCGGUGCCCAGGGACCUCCUGGUGCAACUGGUUUCCCUGGUGCUGCUGGCAGAGUUGGUCCUCCUGGCCCCAACGGUAACCCCGGACCCUCUGGUCCUGCUGGAUCUGCUGGUAAAGACGGCCCCAAGGGUGUGCGUGGCGACGCGGGUCCCCCCGGUCGUGCUGGAGAUCCUGGCCUGCAGGGUGCCGCUGGACCCCCUGGAGAGAAGGGCGAGCCUGGCGAGGAUGGUCCCCCUGGUCCCGAUGGCCCCUCUGGUCCUCAGGGUCUGGCUGGCCAGCGUGGUAUCGUGGGUCUUCCCGGACAGCGUGGUGAGAGAGGCUUCCCCGGACUUCCCGGCCCAUCUGGUGAACCCGGCAAACAAGGAGCUCCUGGUGGCGCUGGAGACCGGGGACCCCCUGGACCUGUCGGACCCCCAGGCCUGUCUGGACCUUCCGGAGAACCUGGCAGAGAGGGCAACCCUGGAUCAGAUGGUCCUCCAGGUAGAGAUGGUUCCGCUGGCAUCAAGGGCGACCGUGGUCAGACAGGCCCAGCUGGUGCUCCCGGUGCCCCUGGCGCCCCAGGCUCCCCCGGACCUGUUGGCCCAACUGGCAAACAAGGAGACAGAGGAGAGUCUGGCGCACAAGGACCUGCUGGACCUCCUGGGCCCGCUGGCGCUAGAGGAAUGGCUGGACCCCAAGGACCCCGUGGAGACAAGGGCGAGGCCGGAGAGACCGGAGAAAGAGGACAGAAGGGACACCGCGGCUUCACUGGCCUGCAGGGUCUUCCCGGACCUCCAGGCACUGCUGGAGACCAAGGUGCUGCUGGUCCUGCUGGCCCAACUGGUGCAAGAGGCCCACCCGGCCCCGUCGGUCCCCAUGGUAAGGACGGUUCUAACGGCCAGCCCGGUCCUAUUGGCCCACCUGGUCCUCGUGGUCGUUCUGGAGAAGUUGGCCCAGCUGGUCCCCCUGGUAACGCCGGACCCCCUGGCCCCCCUGGUCCUCCCGGCCCCGGAAUCGACAUGUCCGCCUUCGCCGGGCUGGCUGCUCCCGAGAAAGCCCCAGAUCCCAUGAGGUACAUGCGGGCUGACGAGGCCUCCAGCUCCCUGAGGCAGCACGACGCCGAGGUCGACGCCACCCUCAAAUCCCUCAACAACCAGAUCGAAAACAUCCGCAGCCCUGAGGGCUCCAAGAAGAACCCGGCCCGCACCUGCAGAGACCUGAAACUGUGCCACCCCGACUGGAAGAGCGGAGACUACUGGAUCGAUCCCAACCAGGGCUGUGCGGUCGAUGCCAUCAAGGUGUUCUGCAACAUGGAGAGCGGGGAGACCUGCGUGUACCCCAACCCAGCCAGCAUCCCCCGCAAGAACUGGUGGACCAGCAAGAGCUCGGACCGCAAGCACGUCUGGUUCGGAGAGACCAUGAAUGGAGGAUUCCAUUUCAGCUAUGGUGAUGACAGCCUGGCCCCCAACACUGCCAGCAUCCAGAUGACGUUCCUGAGACUGCUGUCCACAGAGGCUUCCCAGAACCUCACCUACCACUGCAAGAACAGCAUCGCCUACAUGGACCAGAGCGCCGGCAACCUGAAGAAGGCCGUCCUGCUGCAGGGCUCCAACGACGUGGAGAUCAGAGCCGAAGGGAACAGCCGCUUCACCUACAACGUGCUGGAGGAUGGCUGCACGAAACACACUGACCGAUGGGGCAAGACGGUAAUCGAGUACAAGUCUCAGAAGACGUCCCGCCUGCCCAUUGUGGACAUUGCACCCCUAGAUAUUGGAGGGUCGGACCAGGAAUUCGGCGUCGACAUUGGCCCAGUCUGCUACUUGUAAAAUAACUUAAAAAGAGUCAAGAAAAAAACAAAACUCACUCAACUCAAAAAGAAAGCAAAACAAUCUUUUUUUUUUUUUUUUUUUUUUUUUGUUUUUUUUUGUUUAUGGACGUUUAAGUACUUUCCAGUCACUCCUAGGACUUCUGCACUGAAUGGCUCCAUGAACCCCACCCGUGAUCCUCACAGCUUCCGGGCUUCCCAAGACCGGAGCAGGGCCUGCGAACAAACGCUAACGAGCAAAACAAACAAACAAAAAAACCUUGCUGUUAUUUAUUUAUUGUCUUCCUGUAAGAUUUAAAGGGGUCAGAGGUGUGUUAUGAAAUGGUUUGGUAAGAAGUAGCCCCUCUCUAGAAACCCGCCAUAUCAGCGUCCCUCCCCCGC